CAGCAGUCCCAGAAUCGCAACAGGGUCCAGCACCGUUGAUGCGUCAUCCCGAGGUUCAGGGAGAGAUCAGUCCUCUCCCGGCAGUGCGGGACGAGGGUUCUGUCSRUGCASDGYAUCCACUCACGUCUGCCGGAGCGGCAGUCUCAGUUGCAGCGACCUCGGAUGUGGGACGACCACUGGCAGUGGCGGAGCAAGAAAGUAUGCUCCCACCUCGCAGUGUUCAACCGCGGCCACCGCCUGCAUUGAUGGAGGGGAGUCAGGGGACCGUUGUUGUGUGUCAAGGCGACGAUCUCCCGGAACGUGAUAUCUCACACACUCCUGCAGCCGAGCAGAGCGCCGCAGACCAUGUCGGCCUCGCAUGCCCCACCGGCAGUCUUCCGGGUACCGGCGAGUUACUGACCAUGGACUCUGCGCUCGUUUCUCUACCGGACUUGUCGACGUUGAUAUCCCCAGGUCUACCCCAUGUGUCAUCGCCCAAGCCACAACAGCCCGUUGUCAUCGAGCGUGGAUCGGACGGGUUUGACAUGGCAGGAGGCGAUAUCGCCGAUAUGAUUACGAGCCCAAUGGUGUCUGCCACGCCCACAAUUUUUCGUGUUGGCAAACUACGCGAGGUGGCCCUUGGUUUGGCGGAGACGGCGACGCGACACCGCCGCGACGGUCAGUGCAGCAUCGCACAACGCAGUCUUUCUCAUUCGUUUGACGGCGCAGAGGAAGGGUCUCAUGGUGGGCCAGUUGACACACUCGAAAGAGAAGCAAGACCCCCAAGUCCGCCGUCAAACUUAGAGCAUCAUCCGAUUGCCGCGGAUGUCUGCGCAGAUGCGGGCGUCCCCGUCACAAACAGUGGCGCAGACGCGACAGAACAGCUUGUGGUUGGGUCAUCGGCGACAGCACGGCGCGACAGAGCCACUGUUUUGCCGACAGUGGCAUUUUAUGCCAGCGGGAAGAGUACUGGGGGGAUGGAUGAGCAGGGAGUCCCGAAUGUUGGCAGGCCAUCUGCACCGUCUAUGGGGAAACGAUCCAUUGGGAGUGUGGAUGGUGCUCGGCACACCGCCAUGGCCGAGUUUGAGGACCGACACGGGAGUGUUUUGCCGACGAAGACGUCUGAUGUCCAUGCUACGAGAGCCGCAAAGGCGAGUCUUUCUCGGGCAAGGAAGAAGGCCUCGGCAAGGAAGGCGUCACGUUCAUCCUCACAUAUGCGUUCCCGAGAGAGAGGAUCAGGCGUUGUGCAUCUCGAGGACGGAGAGAUUGCACCUGACGGCGACGCAUUGGAUGUUGGAGGGAGGGAUGCAACGACGGCGGAUAUCGUCGGCAGGGAGGGCACAGGGAAUGCAGUGGCAGGUCAGAAGAGACGCGGCAGCGUACUUAUCGUCCACGACGACAGCACAGAUGUCGCCCCGGGAGAGACCACAGGCACUGAUGAUGCAGGGGACUCCGAUUACGUACCCAAACCACGGGCGGCAGAUGGAGAUGAUGGAGGAGGGCGACGAGUGAGACCGAGGACACGAAUCGGGCCGCAAGGGCAGCGAGCACAGGGCACACCAUCGGCGAUGAUUCCUGCCCCCAUAGAUCGGCGAGCUCAGGCGCAGCGGUUGCUGCGCAAAAUGGAGGCCACUCUUCAACAGACGCACGGGUUAUCGCUUGGCCGCGAAGAGACG